CUAGCUGAGGGAAAGUGGGAGAAACAAAGCAGCGUCGACUAUUAUUCCAGGAUCCCUAUUCAUAUGGUUAAAAGGAAAAACUGACCUCUCGACUCUUGGCGAGUUUUUUUUUUUCUUUUGCUCUCUUUUGUUGUUCACAAUGGAUGAUCCGUCUUUUAAGUCGGUGUUGCCUGCGCACGACUCCUCUGUGCUGGAUGACACCAGCCUGGCUUUGCCGGCCGAUCUGCGAUCCUCAACGCAGCCAGAUGAGGACCGGAACCAGCGGGUUCAACGGCAGGUUAAGCUCACAAUGUCCAGGAAAUCUAAAAAGACUCAGUCAAAUGGUGGUGUCUAUACACAGAAAUAUGAAACGGGGAGCUUUGAUGAUGCAGAUGGACUUGUAAGAAACAUGAAUGUAAAUAGAUUGACCUUCUCCAGUCGAUCCUUCUCUCGCGACCAUGAGCACAAUCCAUCCAGGAGGCUGGAAGUGUCCGCUCAGUCAAGUCCAGAGCAACCUCAUAGGCACUUUAAAUACAGUACUUACCAUUCUGGGAUGCACACCCCUCCAGGACCAAGCCAUUCACCCAAAGUAAAUAGAUUGACCUUCUCCAGUCAAUCCUUCUCUGGCGACCAUGAGCACAAUCCAGCCAGGAGGCUGGAAGUGUCCGCUCAGUCAAGCCCAGCACAACCUCAUAGGCACUUUAAAUACAGUACUUACCAUUCUGGGAUUCACACCCCUCCAGGACCAAGCCAUUCACCCAAAGUGGGCACUCACUUAGCAAAGUUGCCUUCCUUUCACCACAAUGCUUUUUCAGUAUUACCUCGUAGCACACAGAGGUGUGCAUACACACCUGCACGAGGGACCGUCCGGCAGAGGACGCUUAGACAGAUCGUAGGAUCACAAUCUGUAUCUGCAAAUACUGCAUUUCAGAAAAAUAGAGAAUAUGGUUCCCUUCAGACUUACAGACAAAGUACUGUGAAACCAACUGUGCAGAGACGAAAUGGUAAUAUCACGUUUGAUUUUAUCCAGCCUGAGGAUGGCUCGUUCUUGCUAGGGCAGUUGAGGGAAAGGGGCCACAAGAAACCCUUCAGAGUGAGCACAUACUCACCCUCUCUCAGCAGUGUGGAGACGGAUGCUGGCAGGCGGGCAGCAAUGCAGUUACCCAUUAAGCAGAUGCAGGCGCAGAAUGUCACAAAACUGAGGUCAGUAAGCAAGACUCCGAUGAUGACAGUGGAGAAGGCUGUGCAGCUUUUGACCCAGAAUGAAGAGGAAACACUGAUCUAUGCAACCACUUUCAUACAAAAUCAAUGUUUCAAGAGUGCCGUUGCUAGACACAAGAUUUGCCAUGUGAACGGGAUUGAGAAGCUCCUGUAUCUACUUAACAAUGACAGCGAAGAAGUGCAACGUGCCACUGCCGGGGCGCUGCGCAAUGCUGUUUAUGAGAACGAUAAAAAUAAGCUUAAAGUUGAGGAAAACAAAGGCUUGUCUUUCAUUCCUACUGUACUGAAUAGCAGCCGUGAUAAGGAGACCAGGCGGCAGCUUACGGGUCUUUUGUGGAACCUCUCCUCUCAUGACAUGUUGAAGGAGGCUUUUCCAGAACGUGCCUUAUCCACUCUCAGCCGCUCCGUUCUCGUUCCCGGUUCUGGCAUUUUUGAAGGCGAGAAUCCGAAAGAUGAACUGCUAGCGGAUGAUGAAACUUUCAUCAAUGCCACUGGCUGCCUGCGAAAUCUGAGUUCCGCAGGCCAAAAUGUCAGGAAAGCAAUGAGGAAUUGUGACAAUCUCAUCGAUUCUUUGAUCUACUACAUCCGGGGAACCGUAGCUAACCGCAAGAUGGAUGACAAGCCCACGGAGAACUGCGUCUGUAUCCUGCACAACCUGUCUUAUCAGAUUGAGUCAGAGCUUCCAAAGAAAAACGACCAGGUUCUCAGAGAGUCUCGCCAAGACUUGGAUUCGCAGCCAAAGACUCCGGGCUGUUUUUCUUACCGCAGUGCCAAGAUCACAGAGUAUGCAGUGCAUCAGCACCCCCUGCUGGAGCCCAACCCCAACCCCCAUGGCAUAGAGUGGCUGUGGGACAUAAUCACUGUCAGGAUGUACAUAUCACUGAUGGCCUGCAGUAAAUGUGACGCCAUCAAGGAGGCUGCCCUUGGGGCUCUGCAGAACAUCACGGCCGGAAAACACGAGAUAAAUGGAAGCGUUGCCGUUACCAUUGUUCAGCGGGAAAAUGGUCUUGAGAUGAUUAAGGAAAUUUUAAACGGUGAAAGUAGUAAUCUAAAGAUAACUGCUGUAUCUCUAAUCAAAAACCUCUCACGCUACGAUCAACUUCACCCUGCCAUUGCAAACCAGGUGUUGCCAGAGAUGCUGAAAAUGCUGCCCUUUGACGGCACCGAUGUCAACCAGACUAGUGAGGUGACGAUUUCUCUAUGUGAAAUCCUGACUUACCUGUGCCAGAGUGAUGCGAAGAACGCCAACGGAAUAAUCGAAAACCGCGGCAUCCCAAAGAUCAUCAACAUCAGCAAGACAGAGACAGGACCCACUCGUAUGCAAAAGGCAGCGUGCCUUCUGCUGCACGUAAUAUGGCAACACAAUGAAGUCCACGAGACCCUCAAGAAAUGCGGGUUCAAGAAAUGCGAUUUUGUCAAUUCAAGGAUAAAAAGCGCUUUGAGCUCCUGAUGAAACUCAGCCGUCGAUUCAUAAACACUAUUGGCGCAGUUUUCAUCUCAUCUGUAUCCAUGUAGCGACUUUUUUUAUGGCUGUUGUUUUUGUUUUGUUGGGGUUUUGUGUCAUGCUACAACCAAACAUUGGAAACUACACUGAAACUCUUUUUUAAAUGAUAGACUUUUUUUGGUUGGUUGUUUUUAUUUGGAAAUCUCUCUCCAGCUAUUUGCCGUACUGUUUGCAUUAGUUGGAUUCAUGUUAUCAAAUGUAUCAUUCUGAUACCACAAAAUGAAUGAGAUGUUUUAUUUAAAAAGAGGUAAACCUGCUGAUUCAUGAAGAACUGUACCACACUUUUUAUGACCGUUAAAGCACCUUUUAGUUGUUAAUAAUCCUUGUGUAGCAUAUCAUUGUUGUAGUGCCUUAUGGUAAAAAUGACAGAUGAAUGUAGAACGUUUUUUUAUAGCAAAAAAUACAUUAAUCAUAAGACAGCUAUUGAAAUUUGAAGUUUUUCUUUCUGUUUAUGUUGUAUGGGUUUUUUCCCCUCCUUUCCAUAAUGGCAGCUUGUCGCUUUGUAAUAGUCAAUGUUUUAAGAUAAAUGAAAUCUUUAAAAUGAAGAUCAUCAAUGAAGAAGUUCUUCUUUUUUUUUAAGACAAACCAAAUAAAGUUGUACAUUAAAGAAUACAGAAUGCGCUGAAAGACUCAUUACCACGACUGCUUGUUAACCUGUUCUCUCUGUGAAAAUGCCUUGUUGAUGUCUGAGGCCAGAGGAGAACAGAUAGACUGCUUCGACCUGCACCAGGAGACCACAUCUGUCAGCUAAGAAUAGGAAACUGAGGCUACAAUUUGCACAUGCUGUCCUGCACGGGCAUCUCUGAAGGCAAAUGGGGUUCCAACCUGGUACUAGCAAGGUAAAUGGUAAAUGGCCUGUAUUUGUAUAGCGCUUUACUGGUCCCUAAGGACCCCAAAGUGCUUUACAUAUCCAGUCAUUCACCCAUUCACACACUGGUGAUGGC